GAGAGAGAGAGAGAGGGAAAGACACACACCUAAAGAGCUGGAGAGAGGGAACCAGUCUGCCGGUGUUUGAGUGAGAGUGUGUCCGGGCUGCGGAGCCUCUGAAUGGGAUUACUCCGGUCGUGCUGCCGCUGCUGCUGCUGCUGCUGCUGCUGGAGGAACCAUGCGGCGGCCGCAGAGCUGCUGUUCUCCCCCACUCCCCUCGCUGCUCCGCCCGCUGCUGCUGCUGCUGCUGCCGAUCCUCGGGCUCUGCAGCGGAACAAGUUUCCCGAGUAACAUCCACAUCGGAGGUCUUUUCCCCACGGGCUCCCAUGAGUACGAGGUGUUUCGCUUCGCCUUGGCGCAACACCAGGAGGUCCCCAAACUGGUGCCGCAGGUGGACAUGGUGGACACGGGGAGCAGCUUCGCCAUGACCUACGCCUUCUGCUCCCAGUUCUCCAAGGGCGUGUACGCCAUCAUGGGUCUGUACGACCGGCGCACGGUCAACAUGCUGAUGUCUUUCUGCGGCUCUCUUCACGUGUGCUUCGUCACGCCGUCCUUCCCCGUCCUCACCAACAACCAGUUUGUUCUGCAGCUGCGGCCUGAGCUCCAGGAGCCGCUGAUGGCCCUGCUGGAGCACUUCUACUGGACCCGCUUCACCUACAUGUACAGCUCAGACUCAGGUCUGUCGGUGCUGCAGAGGAUCCUGGACACGGCGGCCGAGCGUACCUGGCAGGUGACCUCCGUUAACCUGGACGCUCUGACUGAAGCCGGCUUCAUCAAGCUGCUGGCCGACCUGGACUCCAAGAAGGACUUCCAGAUCCUCAUCGACUGUGAGCUGGAGAGACUCAACUCCAUCCUCAACCUGAUUGCUGCUCAAAAGAGAAAUUUGAAGAACUACCACUUCAUCCUGGCAAACCUGGGCUUCCUGGACCUGAACAUGACGGAGUUUCAGAAGCUGGGUCCGAACGUGACGGGCCUCCAGCUGGUGAACCGGUCCGACCCGGCCGUGGACAAGAUCGACCGGGACUGGCUGGAGUUUGACAGCAAAGACCUUAAACUGGCUCGCAGGAGUCUCAGGUACACGGGAGCUCUGACGUACGACGGCGUCAGCGUCAUGGCGACAGCGUUCCAGAAUCUGCGGAGGCAGCGCAUCGACAUCUCUCGCCGUGGCAACGCCGGCGAGUGUCUGGCGAACCCUCCGGCACCCUGGGGUCAGGGCAUCGACAUACAGAGAGCCCUGCAGCAGGUGCGUCUAGACGGGCUGACCGGUCGGGUCCAGUUUGAUGAGCGAGGACAUCGGACCAACUACUCUCUGAGUGUGAUGGAGCUGAGCGUCGCCGGGCCCAGGAAGAUCGGCUACUGGAACGAGGCGAGAGGCUACGUGAACACGGCCGUCUACAAACCGACCAUGGAGGACUUAAAGGAUCUGCCCAACAGAACUUUCAUCGUCACCACCAUACUGGAGGCUCCCUACAUGAUGCUGAAGAAGAACCACGAGCAGUUUGAGGGGAACGACCGGUACGAAGGUUACUGCGCCGAGCUGGCGGCCGAGAUCGCCAAACACGUGGGCUUCGUGUACCGGCUGGAGCUGGUCGGGGACGGCAAGUACGGCGCCAGAGACCUCGACACCAAGAUGUGGAACGGCAUGGUGGGAGAACUGGUCUACGGGAAGGCAGACGUGGCGGUGGCCCCCCUCACCAUCACCCUGGUGCGAGAGCAGGUGAUUGACUUCACCAAACCCUUCAUGUCUCUGGGAAUCUCCAUCAUGAUCAAGAAACCCACCAAGUCCAAACCGGGCGUCUUCUCCUUCCUGGACCCGCUGGCCUACGAGAUCUGGAUGUGCAUCGUCUUCGCCUACAUCGGAGUCAGCGUGGUGCUCUUCCUGGUGAGUCGUUUCAGUCCGUAUGAAUGGAAGGGGGAAGACUCUGACGAUGAAGAUGAAACUAUGCCCUCCUCUUCCUCCCGACACGCUCAGCCGUCCUCCUCCUCUGAGCUUGUUCACUCUCCAGGGUUCUUCCAGGCUCACAUCCAGAACCAGAACCAGCAGAAAGAGAAGGAGAGUCCGGAGCACACCAACGACUUUGGGAUCUUCAACUCUCUCUGGUUCUCUCUCGGGGCUUUCAUGCAGCAGGGCUGCGACAUCUCCCCCAGGUCUCUGUCAGGCCGGAUCGUAGGGGGAGUCUGGUGGUUCUUCACCCUCAUCAUCAUCUCGUCGUACACGGCCAACCUGGCGGCGUUCCUCACCGUGGAGCGCAUGGUGUCGCCCAUCGAGAGCGCCGAGGAUCUGGCCAAGCAGACGGAGAUCGCCUACGGGACGCUGGACGGAGGCUCCACCAAGGAGUUCUUCAGGCGCUCAAAGAUUGCAGUUUUUGAGAAGAUGUGGUCGUACAUGCGCAGCGCCGACCCCUCGGUGUUCGUGAAGAACACCAACGAGGGCGUGAGCCGGGUCCGGAAGUCGAAGGGGAAGUACGCCUACCUGCUGGAGUCGUCCAUGAACGAGUACAUCGAGCAGAGGAAGCCCUGCGACACCAUGAAAGUUGGCGGGAACCUGGACUCCAAAGGUUACGGCGUGGCCACGCCCAAAGGAUCGCGCCUCAGAAACCCCGUUAACUUGGCAGUGUUAAAACUGAACGAGCAGGGUCUGUUGGACAAAUUGAAAAACAGAUGGUGGUAUGACAAGGGAGAGUGCGGCGCCAGGGCAGGGGACUCCAAGGACAAGACGAGCGCGCUCAGUCUGAGUAACGUGGCUGGAGUGUUCUACAUCCUGAUUGGAGGGCUGGGCCUCGCCAUGCUGGUGGCGCUGGUCGAGUUCUGCUAUAAGUCUCGCAUCGAGUCCCGACGCAUGAAGGAACUCAUCGACGCCGCCAUGAGCAGCAGCCUCGGCGGGAUGGCGGGCGGCGGCUCGGCGGGCGGUUACGGAGGCGGCGGGGGGGGAGGGGGAGGGGCGUCUGGGGGAGGAGGAGAGAACGGACGCGUGGUGGCGCACGACUUCCCUAAAGCCGGAGCUCAAGGUUUACCGUGCAUGAGCAAAUCUGCAGGCCUGGGACUCUCCUCCAGCGGCAUGUGAUCAGAACGGAGACUGCUGAUUGGACGGGACGGGACGCUCCUGUCUGCCUGCCGUUCUGCCUGCCUGUGUGUCUGUCUGUCUACCUGUCUGUCUACCUGUCUGUCUGUUUCUC